AUGCCUGUAGAAUACUAUCCCCCAUCUUCGUUGAUGGGCACGACAUCGGACCCUGGCUUUGUCAGUGGAGAGACUCCUGAAACAGCUGCGCAGGGUGAACACAACUUUAUCUUUGAUCCUGCAACUGAUUUCUGGGCUCUUAACUCUGAAUUUACGUUUCAGGCGCCGUUCUUGGCUGAUUUCAAUGUUGACCGGGACAACUGGGAUAUGGGAAUGUAG